AUGCUCUUGUCUAAAAUCGCACUCUCUGUAUUGGCUAUUGCUGGUGUUUGUUCUGCCUCUGAUCGCUUCAUGAUCCGUAGCCCCACCUCUUCCAGAUUGUUGGGCUUUACAUAUGAGAAGAAGCCUUUCUGGAAGGAUAAAUGCGAAGAAACAUAUGACAAAUACCUCAAGGUGCAAUCCUCUGGUAAAGGCGUUCAUUUCAAAUUGACAAACUGUGAUGACAACGAUUACUGUCACCUGGCCAUCACCGAUGGUGUUUAUAAGGGCUAUUGUCUUUCUGGAGAUAAGAGGCCCGAAUCAGAAAGCUGCAGUGAUGAAAAUGCCAUUUACAAGGUCAAUCUUGACUUUACCAUCAGUGUCAAAGAUGGCACUUAUCUUGGUGUUGGCAAUGAAUACAAGGAUGACUGCGCUGAUUACCAAUACGUUGAACUCACCAAAGAAAAGUAUCACUGGUUGAUUGAUCAUGACAAGGACUUUAACGGCCAAGAUUAUGAAGCAGAGGAGUAUGAUGAUUAUUAUGAUUACCCUUAUCAUCCCAGAGGUGGUCAACGCAUUUUCCACCAUUGCAGAGGUUAA